UGUUGUGUGUACUUAUAUCCGGCUUGCGGCAGGGCCCGUUUGCAUUUCGCCUGGAUGGCUACUAAUUUUUAAUAUUAGUCAAAAUGAGGACAGUUAUCCAACGAGUCACCAAAGCGAGUGUAACUGUUGGUGACGAAUUGAUAAGUAGCAUUGGAAGAGGACUCUGUAUUCUGGUGGGGAUAUCAAAAGAUGACACUCCUAAAGAAAGAGAAUACAUAGUCAGGAAGAUUUUGAACCUGAGGGUGUUUGAUGAUGAAAAUGACAAAAGAUGGGCGAAGAGUGUCAAAGACAAACAACUGGAAAUUCUUUGUGUCAGUCAGUUUACACUGUACUCUAUACUGAAGGGCAAUAAACCAGACUUUCACCAGGCAAUGCCAGGAGACCAAUCACAAACAUACUACAAUGAAUUCCUUGAUAUGCUAAGGAAGGAUUAUAAUCCGGAUAAGAUUAAAGAUGGUCAAUUUGGAGCACACAUGCAGGUUCAUAUACAGAAUGACGGACCUGUCACUAUACAGUUAGACUCACCACCAGACUCAGGCAUAAGCACAGGUCAGGAGUCUGCAGGCAAUACAGAUCUGUUACGGCACUCAAGACAGGUGGGUUUGUAAUAGAGCAUUGGAGGGUGUUUCUGAUAGCAAUAAUAUUGUUGUACUGCAGGUGUUGGUAACAGUGUUCAUUCAACAAAGUCCAGCCAAGUAGUCUUGUUGAUAAAACAGAAGGCAAGGGAGUUUGGGGUUGGGAAGGAAAGAGAAAAGACAAGGAUGGAGAGAAAGAGAGAGAAGGGGAGGGAGUGAAAUAGGGUGGGAGCAAGACAAAGAGGAAUGGAGUGAGAGACGUAUGGGGGAAGAUUAAUAAAGAGAGAGAGAGACAGGGGGGGGGGGGGGGGGGGGGGGGGG